AUGCUUGCGGUCUCAGUUGAUGGAAACCGCAAGCUUUAUCGCUUUAAAUCAAAUGCAAGCACUUCAGAGCAGGGGAACUUUGAAGGUGCCUUCAUUGUAAAAAAUGAGGAGGUUGCUGACUUUGUCAACUACGUCCACAGCCAGACAACUCAUAGGAAGUUGGCAGCUAGUGUCCCAGGACAUGUUAAGUUCCUCUGCUCUGAUGUGGCCUGUAAAUAUUUCCCCUAUUUGGCCAAGGUGGCUCAGCAGUGCCCUGAGAUGAGGAACCUCCUGUCAAUGCGUCCUUUCCUCUCCGUGAUGCAUGCAAAGGCUCACACUUGGAAAUGCGAGAUCAAAUGGGGAGGUGCAUUUCAGGAUGGAGCUGGUUCAACAAUUGGAGAAGAGGUUGAACAAGUGAACAGUUUCCUCUCUAGGGCGGCCAUCACAACAAAGUACAUGUCUAAAGCAGGGCGAGCAGACAUGCUGACCCUCCUGGCUUUAGGGUGGAACAAGAGGAAAGUGGAGCACCUGGGCCGCACUUUGAGCCAGAGAUAUGUAAAGAUCACAAGGACCCUUAAAGAUCUAGAGGAGAGCCUGAAUGUGACCAAAAAUGGGCUCGGUGUGGAUGACGACACACUGGAACUAUGGGUGGCUGAUGUGCAGAAAUGGGCUGAAGAAACGGAUCAAACUGAUGGCAGCCUUGGAGCACUGCAGGCACGAAUAGAGGAGCUUGUCGUAAUCAUCAGAGUCCGAAAACAAAAUCUUUACAGACAAACUGAUAGCAACAAGAGGUGCCAUAGAAUUCGCAAGGUCAUCUUGGAUGAGAAAAAACGCUUGGUGGCUGCUGUCGACGAUUACAACAAGCUGGCUGAACCGUCGAGGCAAAUUAUGUCCAGUGAUGCCCUCAUCGAGACCGACUUAUGGCCCUUGCAGACCACAAGUGAACUUGCUGCAGACCUUAAGACAAAAAGAGAGGUCUUUGAGAAGGUGAUGGCUGUGAGGCGCCUUAAAGAGGAGGAGAUGAUCCUUUGCAGGGAAAUGCACCACCACUGGACAGCGCUGAAAGCACGAGCUCUGGAGUUGGGAAUGAUCUCCUCAGACUCCUCUCUUGUUGGCAUGUCGGAGGAUGCAAAGAAGGGACUCCAUUGCCUGCUCUAAAAAAACAAACGG